AAAUUCUCCAGCACCAUUUACCAAAAGCUGAAUGCCUCCAAAGCACGGAUUCUUUCCGCGGAUGUUUCCAAAGCUGCUGGUUACCGUUUCAAAGGUUAAACAAAUAAUGAUUAAGUUGCGCAUCACUUAAGGUAGAUUUUGACCCCUUACAAGUUGAACAGUACUGAAGAUCUAAGAUCAUUGACAGUCUUCAGGAAGGGAAAAAUACUUAAGCCUUCUUGGAAGGAUUGGAAAGUUAAAGAAUAUACUGCUGGUCAAAGUACAGCCGCCCGGUUUGCUGCUCUCAAAUUCCCCCGCCUUAGUUGGUUCCAGUGGUCUCCCUCUUGCCUGACAAGCUGGGAGGCUGCUGAGGAACAUGCCCUCAUAUUUUCUCUGGGGUUUUGUUACUUUCUUGGUGAUAGCCGGAUUAGAUGGCGAAGUUGGACCUCUUGAGCAGAAGCCACAGAAAAGGAUCGCUGAUCUCCACCAGCCUCGGAUGACUUCGGAGGGUGGAAACUUAGUGUUUCUUACGAGCGCUGCCCAAAACAUCGAAUUUAGAACUGGAUCCCUGGGGAAAGUCAAAUUAAAUAACGAAGACCUUGGCGAAUGUUUACACCAGAUCCAGAGAAACAAAGAUGAUAUUAUAGAUUUAAAAAAGAAUACAACUGGCCUUCCUCAAAAUAUACUUAGUCAAGUCCAGCAGCUUAACUCCAAGCUCCUGGAUCUUGAAAGAAAUGUUCAAAGUUUACAGCAGAAUGUGGAGAGAAAAGUUUGCAGUAGCAAUCCCUGCCGCAACGGUGGCACCUGCGUCAAUCUGCACAACUCUUUCUUCUGUAUCUGCCCUGUGCAGUGGGAGGGUCUUUUCUGCUCAGACGAUGUUAAUGAGUGUGCGGUUUACUCAGGAACGCCCUUUGGCUGCCAGAGUGGAUCCACCUGUGUGAAUACACUGGGGAGUUUCAGAUGUGACUGCACGCCUGAUACGUAUGGACCUCAGUGUGCAUCUAAAUUUAACGACUGUGAACAGGGCUCUCAGCAGCUCUGUAAGCAUGGCAUCUGUGAGGACUUAGUGCGAGUACAACAUGGACAGCCAAAUUUUAACUGUAUCUGUGAUGCUGGGUGGACAACAACGCCAAAUGGCAGUUCCUGCACAGAGGACAAAAAUGAAUGCACCCUCCAGCCUUCUCCUUGUUCAGACCUUGUGCAGUGUUUCAACACGCAAGGCUCCUUCUACUGUGGGGCCUGCCCAACAGGCUGGCAAGGAAAUGGUUAUGAAUGCCAUGACAUCAAUGAAUGUGAUGUAAACAAUGGUGGCUGCUCCAUGGCUCCACUUGUCCCCUGUCAGAACACGCCUGGAUCUUUUGCUUGUGGGAACUGUCCACCAGGUUUCAGUGGUGAUGGGAGAGUGUGCAAUCCCUUGGACAUCUGCUCAAUCAAUAAUGGAGGCUGCUACCCAGAUGCGACCUGCACCUCAUCCCCUGGUCUAGGGUCUUUCUUGCCUCUCUGCACCUGCCCCCAUGGAUAUACAGGAAAUGGUUAUGGGCCUAAUGGAUGUGUGCAACUCAGUAAUAUUUGCUCAAGUCACCCGUGUGUAAAUGGACACUGCAUAGAAACAGUAUCUAGUUAUUUCUGUAAGUGUGAUUCCGGCUGGACUGGACCUACCUGCACAGAAAACAUUAAUGAGUGUCUGAGCAGCCCCUGUUUGAAUGGGGGCACCUGCAUUGAUGGAAUCAAUGGCUUCACUUGCGACUGUCCGAGCUCCUGGACUGGGUAUUACUGUCAGACCCCCCAGAGAGCUUGUGGAGGGCUCCUCUCAGGGACCCAAGGAAGUUUUGCUUACCGGAGCCCCAAUGAUACUUAUGUUCAUGAUGUUAACUGUUUCUGGGUUGUCAGAACUGAUGAGGAAAAGGUUCUACAUAUCACUUUCACGUUUUUUGACUUGGAAUCUGCAAGUAAUUGUCCCCGAGAGUUUCUUCAGAUUCACGAUGGAGAUACCUCAGCAGCUUUCCCACUGGGGAGAUACUGCGGCUCCAGUCUCCCACAGGCACUCCACAGCAGUGGCAACGCUCUCUACUUUCAUCUCUACUCUGAAUACAUAAAACGUGGGAGAGGCUUUACAGCAAGGUGGGAGGCACAGAAGCCAGAAUGUGGUGGCGUACUGACUGGUAGUUACGGUUCUAUUACAUCUCCGGGGUACCCUGGAAACUACCCUCCAGGAAGAGAUUGUGUCUGGCACAUUCUAGCCAGUCCUGGCUCCUUGAUAACAUUUACCUUUGGAACCUUGAGCCUGGAGAGCCACAGUGACUGCAGUAAAGAUUAUUUGGAGAUUCGGGAUGGCCCUUUCCAUCAAGACCCCAUUCUCGGGAGAUUCUGCACUUCUCUGUCUACUCCACCACUCCAGACUACGGGUCCAGCUGCCAGAAUUCAUUUCCAUUCUGACACUGAGAUUAGUGACAAAGGCUUCCACAUCACCUACCUAACCACACAGUCGGAUCUGCACUGUGGCGGGAACUACUCAGACACAGAGGGUGAGCUCCUCCUUCCUCCCUUGUUGGGACCUUUCAGUCACGACAGACAGUGUGUCUAUCUCAUCACACAGCCCAAAGGAGAGCAAAUAGUCAUCAACUUCACCCACGUGGAACUGGAGAGCCAGACAGGCUGUUCGCACACGUACAUUGAGGUUGGAGACCAUAACAGCUUACUUCGAAAGAUCUGUGCCAACGGAACCCAGUUUCCCAUCACAUCAACUUCUAACAAUGUCUGGAUCAGAUUGAGACUAGACCCUUCAGUCCAGAAAGCUAGUUUCAGAGCUCACUAUCAAGUUGCUUGUGGGGGUGAAUUAAGAGGAGAAGGAAUUAUUCGCUCACCUUUUUAUCCUAAUGCAUAUCCUGGACAAAGAACCUGUAGAUGGACCAUCUCCCAAUCCCAAAGACAAGUUGUCCUUCUCAACUUCACUGACUUUCAGAUUGGAAGUUCUGCUUCCUGUGAUACAGAUUACAUUGAGAUUGGUGCCAGUUCUGUCUUGGGAUCUCCUGGAAAUGAGAAGUUCUGUGGCACAAACAUCCCAUCAUUUAUAACAUCUGUGUAUAAUGUUCUCUAUGUCACAUUUGUGAAAAGUUUUUCUAUGGAAAAUCGUGGCUUCACAGCUAAAUUCAGUGCUGAGAAUUUAGUGUGUGGGGAAGUUCUCACAGCACCAACAGGAAGCAUUGAAAGUCCUGGCCAUCCAAAUAUCUACCCAAGUGGUGUAAAUUGUACUUGGCAUGUAGUAGUCCAGCGUGGCCAACUGAUACGUUUGGAGUUUGAUUCAUUUUCUCUGGAGUUUCAUUACAACUGCACAAAUGACUACCUGGAAAUUUAUGACACUGUUGCUCAGAUAUCUCUUGGGAGAUAUUGUGGAAAGUCCAUCCCGCCUUCUCUUACCAGCAGUUCCCACUCAAUAAAGCUGGUGUUUGUGUCGGACUCUGCUCUUGCCCACGAAGGCUUUUCUAUCAAGUACAAAGCAAUCGAUGCAUCAGCAGUGUGCUUAGAAGACUAUACAGAUAAUUUUGGGAGGCUCACAUCCCCUAACUUCCCCAAUAAUUACCCCCAUAACUGGGACUGCAUCUACAGGAUCACGGUGGGGCUCAACCAGCAGAUUGCAUUGCAUUUCACAGACUUCACCUUGGAGGACUACUUUGGGCCAAAGUGUGUAGAUUUUGUGGAAAUCAGAGAUGGAGGCUACGAAACUUCACCACUCCUCGGACAAUACUGUGGCUCAGUUUUACCUCCCAUAAUCAUCUCUCACAGCAACAAGCUAUGGCUAAGGUUUAAGAGUGACACCGCGAUCACAGCGAAGGGUUUCUCGGUUUACUGGGAUGGAUCAGCAACAGGCUGUGGAGGCAACCUCACCACCCCCUCAGGAGUGUUCACAUCCCCCAACUACCCGAUGCCCUACUACCAUAGCUCUGAAUGCUACUGGCGGCUGCAAGCCAGCCAAGGCAGCCCGUUCCAGCUGGAAUUCCAAGACUUCCACCUGGAGCAUCACCCCAGCUGUGCUCUCGAUUACUUGGCCGUGUAUGACGGCCCAAGUACCAGCUCCCAUCUGGUAAAUAAACUCUGUGGGGAUACCGUACCAGCUCCCAUUCGUUCCAGUGCAGACAGCAUGCUGUUAAAACUGAGGACAGAUGAAGGUCAGCAAGGACGUGGCUUUGAGAUCACCUACAGGCAGACAUGUGACAAUGUAGUAAUAGUCAAUAGAAGCUCUGGCAUCUUGGAGAGCAUAAAUUUUCCAAAGCCCUAUGACACUAACCAGCGUUGUAACUGGACCAUCCAAGCAACGAGAGGCAACACUGUGAACUACACGUUUCUGGAAUUUGAUGUGGAAGAUUACAGGAACUGCUCCACAGAUUAUUUAGAGCUCUAUGAUGGACCACAGUGGAUUGGACGAUUCUGUGGCACAAAUCUCCCCCCACAAGGGGCUACUACAGGCUCCAAGCUUCAUGUACUGUUCCAUACAGAUGGGGUUAAUUUACUGCAGAAAGGAUUUAGGAUGCAGUGGCUCAUUCAUGGCUGUGGUGGGGAGAUGUCUGGAGCCAUGGGCUCCUUCAGCAGUCCUGGGUACCCUAACAACUAUCCUCACAACAAGGAGUGUAUCUGGAAGAUCCGUGCGGCCCCAGGGAAUAGCAUUACCCUCACCAUCCAUGACUUUGAUGUGGAAUAUCAUUCUGACUGCCGUUAUGACACCCUGGAGAUCUACACUGGUCUUGACUUUCACUCUCCAAGAAUAGCUCAGUUGUGUUCCCGAUCACCAUCAGCGAACCCCAGGCAAAUCUCCAGCACUGGAAAUGAACUAGCAGUUCGCUUUAACACGGACAUUUCUGUAAAUGGGAGAGGUUUCAAUGCCUCAUGGCAAGCAGUCCCCGGAGGUUGUGGUGGGGUUCUCCAGGCUCCCAGAGGAGAGAUUCAUUCUCCAAAUUACCCACACAGCUACAGAGAUAACACUGAGUGCUCUUGGGUCAUCCAAGUUGAAAAACACUACCGUGUUCUCUUGAACAUCACGGACUUUGACCUUGAAGCCACAGAUUCUUGUCUUACGACAUAUGAUGGCUCAAGCUCCGCAAACACCCGUGUCGCCAGUGUGUGUGGAAGACAGCAGCCACCUAACUCCAUCAUUUCUUCAGAAAACACCCUCUUUGUGAGAUUCCAGUCUGGAUCUUCCAGACAGAGCAGGGGCUUCAGAGCUCAAUUCAGGCAAGAGUGCGGAGGACACAUCAUCACUGAUUCUUCUGGUACUGUCUCCUCUCCAUUGUUCCCUGAGAAAUAUCCAAACAAUCAAAACUGUACCUGGAUACUUGAAGCUCAACCUCCAUUUAAUCAUAUUACUCUCUCCUUUACCCACUUUCAACUUCCAAGGAGCACAAAUUGUGCACUGGACUUUGUAGAAGUUUUGGAUGGCAAGGACUAUGAUGCACCUGUCCAAGGCCGUUACUGUGGUACCUCCAUGCCUUAUCCCAUCAGAUCAUUUGGCAGUGCCCUGACACUGAGGUUUGUCUCCGAUUCCUUGGGCAGUUUAGAGGGUUUUCGCGCCAUCUUUUCCGCAUCAGCAUCGGCAUGUGGUGGAACCUUCCACAUGGCUGAUGGCAUCUUCAACAGCCCUGGCUACCCAGAUGACUACCAACCUAAUAUGGAAUGUGUCUGGAACAUUGUCAGCUCCCCUGGCAACCAGCUGCAGCUGUCCUUUCUAUCCUUCCAUUUGGAGAACUCACUAAACUGUAACAAGGAUUCUGUGGAAAUCCGAGAAGGCAAUGCCACGGGCCACUUAGUGGGACGAUACUGUGGAAACUCCCUUCCUGCCAAUUAUUCAUCUAUCAAGGGGCAUAUUCUGUGGAUCAAGUUUGUCUCUGAUGGAUCAGGCAGUGGCAUGGGCUUCCAGGCCAGGUUCAAUAAUAUAUUUGGCAAUGAUAAUAUUGUGGGAACUCAUGGGAAAAUCGCAUCUCCUUUGUGGCCUGGACAUUACCCCCAUAACUCCAAUUAUAGAUGGACAGUAAAUGUGAAUGCAUCUCAGGUUAUCCAUGGCAGAAUCUUGGAGAUGGGCAUAGAAUGGACAUCAAACUGCUAUUACGACAAAUUAAAGAUUUAUGAUGGAUUUGACACUCACUCCCACCUGAUUGGCACUUACUGUGGUACCCAGCUGGAAUCCUUUAGCUCCAGUAGAAACUCUCUGACAUUCGAAUUUACUUCUGAUAUUUCCAUCUCAGGGAAGGGAUUCCUUCUGGAGUGGUUUGCAGUAGAUGUUUCUAAUAGAAUUGUUCCUACCAUUGCUACAGGUGCUUGUGGAGGGUAUGUGAUGACAGGAGACACCCCAGUCUUCUUUUUCUCCCCGGGCUGGCCUGGAAGCUAUGAUAACUAUGCUAACUGUAUAUGGAUCAUUCAUGCUCCUGGUUCUACUGUGGAACUGAACAUUCUCUCCAUGGACAUCAAAUCGCCGCCAUCAUGUGCCUUUGACAAGCUGGUGAUAAGAGAUGGAGCCAGUAACUUAGACCAGCAGCUGGCCGUCCUGUGUGGCAGAGAUAUUCCUGGGCCCAUCCGGUCAACGGGAGAGUUCAUGUACAUCCACUUCACCUCAGACUUCAGCUUCAUUAGAGGAGGCUUCAACGCCUCGGUUCACAAGAGCUGUGGUGGAUAUUUGCAUGCAGACAGAGGGAUUAUCACAUCUCCCAAGUACCCAGAUACCUACCUUCCCAAUCUCAACUGUUCCUGGCACGUUCUGGUCCAGAGUGGUCUGACCAUCGCUGUCCAUUUUGAGCAGCCUUUCCAGAUUCAGAACACAGACUCUUCUUGCAGCCAGGGGGAUUACUUAGUGCUAAGAAAUGGACCAGAUAACCAUUCUCCACCCUUGGGACCUUCUGGAGGAAAUGGCCGUUUCUGUGGAAUUUAUACUCCAUCAACUCUGUUCACCUCAGACAAUGAAAUGUUUGUUCAGUUCAUUUCUGAUAAUAGCAAUGGUGGACAAGGAUUUAAGAUUAGAUAUGAGGCAAAGGGUUUAGCCUGUGGGGGCAAUAUCUACAUCCAUGGUGCUGACUCGGAUGGAUAUGUGACCUCCCCCAACUACCCUGCUAACUAUCCCCAGCAUACUGAAUGCAUUUGGAUUUUAGAGGCACCCCCUGGGAGAAGUAUACAACUCCAAUUUGAAGAUCAGUUCAAUAUUGAAGAAACACCCAACUGCACUUCAAGCUAUCUUGAACUGCGCGAUGGAGCUGACUCAAGUGCGCCGGUGCUUUCCAAAUUAUGUGGGCGCUCUCUACCUCAUAGCUGGGUAUCCUCCAGAGAACUUAUGUACUUGAAGUUCCAGGCUGACGGUGGCUCCAGCUACAUAGGAUUCAAGGCCAAGUACUCUAUAGCUACAUGUGGAGGAACAGUCUCCGGGGACAGUGGAGUCAUUGAGAGCAUUGGGUACCCGACCCUUCCCUAUGCAAACAAUGUGUUUUGUCAGUGGCAUCUCCGGGGCCUCCCAGGACACUAUCUCACCAUCCGUUUCGAAGAUUUUAACCUUCAGAGUUCCCCUGGUUGUGCAAAAGACUUUGUGGAGAUCUGGGAAAAUCACACUUCUGGAAAUCUUCUGGGAAGAUACUGUGGAAACUCCAUUCCUAGAAGUAUCGACACUUCUAGCAACAUUGCUUUAGUCACUUUCGUCACAGACGGCUCUGUCACUGCCUCAGGAUUUAGGCUGCAAUUUAAGAGCAGCAGAGAAGUGUGUGGUGGGAACUUACAUGGCCCCACUGGCACAUUUACUUCUCCUGACUACCCAAGCCCAAACCCUCAUGCCAGGGCCUGUGAGUGGACCAUCACUGUGCAAGAAGGAAGGCGGAUCACCCUAACUUUUACGAGCUUGAGGCUGAGCACCUAUCAAUCCUGCGACAAUGAGCACCUCAUAGUAUUCAAUGGCAUUAGAAGUAACUCACCCCAACUGCAGAAACUGUGCAGCCAUGUGAAUGUGAGCAAUGAGUUCAAAUCUUCAGGAAAUACAAUGAAAGUCGUAUAUUUCACUGAUGGAUCCCGGCCAUAUGGAGGCUUCACUGCUUCCUACACCUCCAGUGAAGAUGCAGUGUGUGGUGGAUCUCUUCCAAGUGUCUCUGCUGGAAACUUUUCUUCUCCUGGCUAUAAUGGAAUCCGUGAUUAUGCGAAAAACCUAGACUGUGAAUGGACCCUCAGUAAUCCAAAUCGGGAAAAUUCAUCCAUUAGGAUUCAUUUUCUCAAAUUUUCCCUUGAAAAUCAUCAAGACUGUACAUUUGAUGUUCUUGAGUUUCGAAUAGGUGAUGCUGAUGGGCCACUGAUAGAGAAGUUUUGCAGUCUGUCAGCACCAGCCAUUCCCUUGGUUAUCCCCUAUCCUCAGGUGUGGAUACACUUCGUCACCAACGAGCGUGUAGAAUAUACUGGAUUCUAUAUAGAGUACUCCUUUACAGAUUGUGGUGGCAUACAGAUGGGUGAAAAUGGAGUGAUCUCAAGUCCUAACUACCCAAACCUUUACAGCAGAUGGACCCACUGUUCAUGGCUGCUGGUUGCCCCAGAAGGACACAUCAUCACUCUCACAUUUAAUGAUUUCCAUCUUGAGAAUCAUCCAACUUGCACUUCGGACUCCGUCACUGUCAGAAAUGGUGGAUCCCCUGGAUCACCCAUCAUAGGACGAUACUGUGGAUGGUCAGUCCCUGGGCCAGUACAAUCUGGUUCCAACCAGCUUGUGGUGACUUUUAGCACAAACCAACUAGGGCAAAGCCGUGGGUUUUAUGCAACCUGGAACACAAAUACUUUAGGUUGUGGUGGAACAUUCCAUUCAGAUAAUGGUACGAUCAAAUCUCCUCAUUGGCCUCAGACAUUCCCUGCAAAUAGCAGAUGCUCCUGGACAGCCAUCACUCACGAAAGCAAACACUGGGAGAUUAGCUUUGACAGCAAUUUCCGAAUCCCCAGCAGUGACAGCCAGUGUGGGAACAGCUUCCUGAAGGUUUGGGGAGGAACCUUGGAGUCCAACGAUACCCUGUUAGCCACAAGCUGUGGGGAUGUGGCUCCCAGUCCCAUUGUCACAUCAGGAAACAUAUUCACUGCUGUCUUCCAAUCUGAAGAGACGCCAGCCCAGGGCUUCUCCGCAUCCUUCCUAAGCCGAUGUGGACGAAGGUUCAGCAGCUCUAGAGGUGAGAUUGUUUCUCCAAACUUCCCAAAGCAUUAUGACAACAACAUGAACUGCUCCUACUUCAUAGAUGUCGCACCUCGCUCUCUCGUCAUCCUGACUUUUGUGUCCUUCCAUUUGGAAGAUCGCUCAGCCAUCACUGGAAACUGUGAUCAUGAUGGCUUGCACAUUAUCAAAGGCCACAACCUCUCUUCUACUCCUCUUGUGACCUUAUGUGGUUCUGAGGCAUUGCGUCCCCUCACCGUGGAUGGCCCUGUGUCACUCAACUUGUAUUCUAAUGCAUAUGCCACAGACUUUGGGUUCAAGAUUUCCUACAGAGUCACCACCUGUGGUGGAAGCUACAGUGUAUCACCUGGAGUCCUCCAGAGCCCUUCUUUCUCAACCAGCAAUUACCCAAACAAUGCCUACUGUGUCUACAGCAUCCACGUUCAAAGUAGCAGGGUGAUUCUGCUUAGUUUCACACAUUUUGAGGUGGCGCCCUCCAGCAUCUGUGCGCAUGACUAUUUGGAGGUUUUCGAUGGUCCUGGCAUUGGAUAUCAGUCUCUUGGAAAGUUCUGUGGCUCCACGAUUCCGCAAAAUGUUAAGAGCACCAAUAACAGCCUGACCCUGCUAUUCAAGACAGAUUCUUCGCAAACAGCAAAAGGCUGGCAACUGUACUUCCUGGAGACAUUAGGACCACAGCAAGGAUGUGGUGGGUACCUGACAGAUGACAACAUUACCAUUGUCUCUCCUGAUUUUGAUUCAAAUGGACAGUAUGACAGAGAUCUAAACUGCAUAUGGUACAUAAUUGCACCUCAAAACAAACUCAUUAAACUCAACUUCACUGAGUUUUCUAUGGAGGCAGCAUCACACGGAAGUUGCACCUUUGAUUAUGUUCAGAUAGCAGAUGGUGCAAACAUAAACUCAAAUUUAGGUGGAAGGUUUUGUGGUGUCCGUAUACCGGCCCCUUUUAUCUCUUCUAGCAACUUUCUUACGUUUCAAUUUGUCUCCGACCAUACUGUUGAAAGAGCAGGAUUUAAAGUAACAUAUACCUUUGUGGACAUGCCUUGUGGGGGAAUACAUAAUGCGACUUUGACACCACAAAACACUUCAUCACCUCAUUUAUCAAACAUCAGACGUCCGUUUUCCACCUGUACUUGGAUCAUUGAAGCUCCUCCACACCAGCAGAUCCAGAUAACUGUGCAAGAAUUACAGCUACCCUCACAAGACUGCUCCCAGAGCUACUUCGAACUCCAGGACUCACCACAGACGAGCGGGAUGCCAGCAACUCGGUUCUGCGGUGCAAACUUUACAACCUUGCCGGUGCUCUACUCUUCAACGAGUACUGCAGUUGUCGUUUUCAGAUCUCAUGUUUUAAACACAAACUCCCGAGCACAUUUCACCUAUCAAAUUGCAGAUUGCAACAGAGAAUACAACGAAACAUUUGGUCAUCUGGAGAGUCCGGGGUGGCCCCAACAUUAUGAUAAUAACCUGGACUGCACCAUUAUUCUCAGAGCCCCGCAGAACCACAGCAUUUCUCUCUUCUUCUAUUGGUUUAACCUGGAAGAUUCAGCACAAUGCACACAUGAUUUCUUGGAGGUAAGAAAUGGCAGCAACAGCAGCUCACCUCUGAUUGACAAGUACUGUGGAUCACUACUGCCAUCGCCCAUCUUCUUUCACAGCAAUGAAGUGUAUCUGCAGUUUCAUACCAAUGACGCAGGCACGUCCUCUGGAUAUGACAUUAUCUGGACCUCCUCUCCAUCUGGCUGUGGAGGGAUUCUUUUGGGUGACCAUGGUACAUUCACCAGCCCUAACUUUCCUGAUGCCUACCCAAACAACACUCAUUGUGAAUGGACCAUCAUUGCUCCUUCUGGAAGGCCUGUUUCUGUGGGAUUUUUCUUUCUCACUAUCGAACCUCCAGGUGGCUGUGCCCACAACUACCUCAUACUCUAUAAUGGUCCAGACGACAGCUCGCCACCCUUUGGACCGCUCUGUGGACUAGAUCCUACGAUAUCCCCCUUCCGAGCUACAUCAAAUCAGAUCUUCAUAAGAUUCCAUGCUGAGUAUGCAACAGAUAUUUCAGGGUUUGACAUAUAUUGGGAAGCCUGAGUCGGGGGAACUGAGGUGUGUUAUCCCAGGAUCCUGGCUCUGCUAUAGCACCAUCAGCCACAACCUUGCCCAGAACUGUGCCUUUCUCAUCCCCAUCCCGGCCUGUGCCAUCAAACAUGGACUGAACUUCUACGGCCUUUACCAGAGACAGUGUAGGACCAAUUUUGUACGUUUGGUAUUCUGAAGACAGCACAUGGCUUGUUCGACUCAGCGGUACACACCAUUCUCACUGGAUGCACCAUUUAACUUUUAAAAAGUCCUUUAGACGGGAGAGUUAACCUGGCAUAUUGAUGUAUAGUUUUAAAAGUCAGUGAUACAAAUAGGUGCAUUCUUUUCACUACAAAAGUAAAAGUGGAGGUAAUAAACAUUACCGAAAACUAUGUGCAGUUCUGUUGUCU